CUGUAGGUAAUGAUCUUCUGGUGGUGGCCAUUUUAUUGUAGUCCGUGUAUGGAGACAUCCAACAAAGAGUCAACUUCUUACCCAUGAUGCUGAGCAUGGGGGGGAUGGGCACUAUUGUUGCAGGAAGUGAAUGGCACAGAGUUGGGAGUGAUGGAGGAAAACUGCAGCAACCUGACGGAGAGGAUAUUACGGCUCACCCUGGAGAUCAUCUACCUGCUGACCGGGGAGGAUAACAUAGUUGCGAAAAAGACAUCGGUAGAUGGACAAAACCCUAUUAUGGUUCCACUACAUUUCUUGCUCACUUCAGAGAUAAGCAAUGACGAGAAGAUCCUAGAAGUCACCCAGAAGAUCAUUGAUCUGCUGACAGGAGAGGUUUUCGGAUCUUCUUAUAACCCCCUGGAAGGUCACAAGGUCAACAAUAUUAAAGUAGAAGAUAAUGGAGUAGAAGAGGAAUGGGUGAGGGGUGAUCGGCCGUGUAAAGUGGAGGAGAUCCAUCCAGAGAUCAAAACAGAUGGAUCCAGUAAUGGGAACCCACCAGAGAGAUGUGGACACGGUGGCUGGAGUACUUCAGAGGAACAUCUUAUUUUACCUUCAGAUUAUAAUGAAGAUAAUGGCAUGGCACAAUAUUCUCCAGAAGGCCUUGGCACCCCAUAUAUACAUCACAGACUUGAUGACAUGGAGAGCUCAGCAGAUUCUUUUAUAUAUGAAGAAUCCAAUGACAAACCACAUACUGUUAUCCCAAAUGUCCAGGCAAGUUGUCACAGUGGAGAUGAAUCGCCAGAUCCUUCAAUUCCCGAGGAAUAUUCUUAUAAUACUUUGGAUACAGUCAACCCAAUAAAUCACACAGCCGAGCUUCCAUUUCCAUGUUCAGAGUGCGGGAAAGGUUUUAAAAGGAAGAAAGUGCUCCGCAUACAUCUGAUGGGCCAUGCUGGCAAGAAGAUCUAUUCUUGCCCGGAGUGCGAAAAUUUGUACCUUUCAAAUUGUGGCCUGGUAGCACACAAGAGACUUCAUGCCGGCGAAAAGAACUUCAAGUGUCCUGAGUGUGGAGAGUGUUUCGGCCUCAAAUCACAACUCACUGCUCACCAGAAAGUCCACUCUGAGCCCUUCUCCUGUUCUGAGUGUGAGAAAACCUUCCGAAAAAGACAGCAACUGACUCGGCACCAGAGAACGCACACGGGGGAAAAGCCCUACUCGUGUUCUGAGUGUGGAAAGUCUUUCACUCUCAGAAUGCACCUCAAAAGACACCAUUUGGUCCACACUGGAGUGAAGCCCUUUUCUUGUCCUGAGUGUUGGAAAUCCUUCUCCACUAAAGCAAACCGUGACAAUCAUUUAAGAAUUCACACUGGCGAGAGGCCUUAUUCCUGCGCAAAUUGCUGUAAACGCUUUGCGCGGAGAGAGACACUGGUUGUCCACCAAAGAAACCACUGUAAAAGUUCCAGAGGCCUUUCAAAAGCUGUAUAG